AAUCCCUCUCUUCAGUGGUGGUAAUGGGAUUUCGUAACUAGGUAGAAAUUGCAUUAGCAGGAAGCGCUUUCUGCCAGGCAGGUUGCAAGGUGAGGGGCUUUCCAGCUAAGAGCUGGCAAUCCGCAGUGCAAACAGCCUUCCUUCCCAGCUGCAAAUUGGUUCCUGUGCCCACUGCUCUCCCAAACAGUUAACUUUGGCUGUGAGACCAUCCUAUCUCUCAUCCCGCUCAACAAUGGGUCCAGCUAAACAAAUGCCUCCUAAUUGACUUUGAGCAACACUUGAUUGCUUUCAGAAGAAAAAAAAAAACAAACAAAAGAGAGGAAAACAUUGGGAUUUAUGAAAUAAUGACUAAUCCUGGAGCAAGAGAAAGGGGCUGGGUUGGAGCACUGGUGUCAAACAGAGAGCCCCAAGACACAGGGCCAAGGCAUUCACUCCUCCCCAGCUGCCCUCAUUUCCACACCUGCUGAUCUAAGCCAAACCCCUGCUAAAAUCCAAACAAUCGGGGCCGCUGGCAAACGAAAAUUGGAGCAUUGUCUUCCCCAAGAGGGCUCUGAAAGGGCCGCACUUAAUGAGGAUGGAUUGCCACGGAGGUGGCUCGCAGGCUAUAAAAGGCGUUCUGCGGGCUGGAGCAGCUCAGUCUGGGUGUGCUGCGAGCCCACUCCGAGCACCAUGAGGGCUGCGAGCACAGAGAAGGCGUCCCGCAGGCGGGGAGCCCCGUGGCUGCCAGGCCUGCUGCUGCGCCUGCUGCUGUGGGGCGGCCCGGGGGGGCGGGCCAGCUACCUGCGCAGGUCCUCCAGCUGCACCGCCAUCCCGCGCGGCAUGGCCCUGUGCUACGACAUCGGCUACUCGGAGAUGAGGAUCCCCAACCUGCUGGAGCACGAGACCAUGCCGGAGGUGAUCCAGCAGUCCUCCAGCUGGCUGCCCUUGCUGGCCAGGGAGUGCCAUCCCGACGCCAGGAUUUUCCUCUGCUCCCUCUUCGCGCCCAUCUGCUUGGACAGGCUCAUCUACCCGUGCCGCAGCCUGUGCGAGGCCGUCAAGAGGAGCUGUGCACCCGUCAUGGCUUGUUAUGGCUACCCCUGGCCUGAAAUCCUCAACUGCAACAAGUUCCCUGCAGACCACGAGCUGUGCAUCGCUGCCGUCUCCACGGAUGAAAGUUCCUCCAGCAGGAGAAUGCCUCGAGCCAGUUGCAAGGACUGCGAGCUGGAAGAGGCCAGCACCACCAGGGAGAUCCUGGACAGCCUCUGUGCCAACGAUUUCACAGUGAAAAUCCGAAUCCUCAGGAAGAACACGACCACAACCGUCUCCGACUUCGACCUGGACCCCUCCAGGGUGGAGGUGCUGAAGCACGGCCCGCUCCUCAGAACUGAAAUCCCAGGCAGGCUGCAGCAGUGGCUGGACAUCGAUGCUACCUGCGCCCACAACAUCAUGAGAGGCACUCACGCGGGGGUCUUUGUCAUCAGCGGAGAAGUGCAGAGCGACAAAGUGGUGGUGAACAAGGCCUACGCUUGGCAGAAGAAGAACAGGAACCUGCACCAGGCCGUGCGGAGAUGGAAACAUCACCGCUGCCCCGAGCAGGCCGGCAGGAAGGUCUGAGAUCUUGAUCCUAAUGCUAAGAAAUGGCUCCCUUCCCCACAGCUAGAAAACUCCUUCCCCGGGCAGCUGGUGUUUUGGAGACGUACAUUCAGUAUUUUUAGGUGAAUCAAAGCAGUCAUAGUCAGCAGGUAGGGCCUCACUACAGAUCCCUGAGAUAACUAAAACCCUUCUCCCGAGGCAGAGCUUAGAGAUGCAGACUUAACAUAUUCCUACGGCAAGGUCCUGCCAAUCCAGGACUUACAAUGGAUGGCUUUGUGCAGCAUCAGUGCCUUGAAAUCUGCAGGCGAGCAGACUAGAAGACACCUUUAAUAACAUGGGCAUUUGCACAGGUGAAAGGAAACAACCCCUCCUGAGCACACAGCAGACAGCUGAGGAUUUCUGCAUAACUGGGAAUGACCGCUUUUUGACUUCAUUCAGUUUGGGUCAGAACGUUCUGGUAACCGUGGAGCUACUGAAGAUACCCGCAGAGCCUUGAGAGAGGUGGCAACAACACUGGGAAUCGCUCUCACCAGUGAAUACAGCCACAGCUCAACAUGAGCAGAAAGCAGAAAACUGCAAAUCCCCGAGUGAGAAAAUGAGUUGGAUUUCUACUGUCUGACAAAGCACUGCCCAUGGAAAGUUUUCUACACUGGAUUAAACUUGAGAAUGAAAUAAAAAUGACAAAAAAUAAAAAAACCACACAGCUCUGGGGAUAAAUACGUUCUUCCCUGUGCUCAAAGCCUGCAGCCUCAGUUGUGGAGAGAACCACCAGCUUUGAUGGAGACACAUUGCCUCCCUGUGCUCGUAAAGCACAGCAACAACCCAGCCAAGACUGUCUCUUCAGAUUUAAUAUGGGCUGAGAUUAGCACUCACGGCACUCGCACUGCAAUUCAGCUGCGCUCUGACAUUUGUGUAGCAAUUACUUCUUUUUCCCUGAGGCUCAGAAGAAAAACAGAGAGAUUUCCUAUUUUUAUUCCUCCCCGCUGCCUCGUCUCGCAAACUGCCGCCCGACCCGCAGGGCCUGCUGCCAGGUGGUCCCUGUGAUGGCAGCAUCCUCUGAACAGACUGCGUUUU